AGAUCAUAGCUAUUUCCCAUCACCGAUGGACUGGAGAGCGCUGUCCAUCUAUCAGCUUGUUACGGACCGUUUUGCAGACGGGGAUCCGAGAAACAACGAAGUCCUCUAUGGUGGGUUCGAUGUGAGAGACAUGACUUUCAGGCAUGGCGGAGAUUUCGUAGGGCUUCAAGGGAAGCUGGACUACAUCAAGGGCUUGGGAUGUCAGGCGAUUUGGAUUUCACCUAUUUUCCAGAACGGGUUCAACUUCUAUCAUCAGUACGCACAGCAUGACUUCACGGUCUUAGAUCGUCGACUGGGGAGCCUCGAAGAGCUUCGAGCCCUAACACAGGCUGCCCAUGAUCGAGGUAUGUAUAUCCUCGUCGAUGUGGUUAUGAACCACAUGGGCAACGAGUUCUUCUUCGAGGGUCACUCCAAAGAUACGGCUCCCUUCCGUUUUCACGAGACAGGAGGCCGCAGAGAGUACAGGCUGAUCCCUCGAAGAAGUAGUCGCGAACUCCAUGACACUCCGGCUGGAAAGCAGCCGUACAUGGACUUUUGGUACAACAACACAUGGGAUUCAGAGGCCCAGUACGCGAGCCCCUUCUACGGUCAGUAUGGAGAGGCCGCUUGGGACAAAGGACGAGGCACCUACGAAGGUUCAGACUUUCAUCACAAUGGCGACUUGCAGAACUAUGCGGAUCCAUGGGAGAUCAACGUGGCCAAGAUCUAUGGAACCAUGGAUGACUUGCGCUUGGAGAAUGCACGUGUGCAGGAGAAAUACCUCGCCAUGACGCAAGCUCUGAUCGCCAGCGUGGAUGUGGAUGGCUUCCGGGUGGACACGCCCAUGCAGGUUCCUUUGCCAUUCUACAAGCAAUGGGCCCCUGCAAUCCGGCGAUAUGCCAAGACCUUGGGGAAGGAGCAAUUUGGCAUUUUCGGGGAGUUCUAUGUCACCACCGAGCGCUAUGCUACCAUGACAGGACGGGGUCGUGACAACACGAUGUACGGCCAAGAACAGUUCAUCCCGGGCGAGGCCACGUUGAAGGGCGGCAUCGUGUAUCCCUACUACUGGUACACCUUCACCGCCCUGGUGUACAACCGACCCGAGUUCGUGACCGGCUUUGCAUUGGCCUACCGCGAGGAGAAUCGGAUGAUUGACACCUUCGAUCCCAGCAGCAACAGAUCAGAGUAUGCGCAGUGGAUCUUCUGCAACAAUCACGACAACUGGCGCCUUCAAUCCUUGACCGGUAAAGAAGAGUUGAAGAUGUGUUUAGCUGUGAUCACCUUUUGGCCGGGCUUGCCACUUCAUUAUGCUGGUGAUGAACAAGAGAUAGAUACGCCUGGAAGUGCCUUAGACGGCUGGGCGCGCGAAGAGCUGAGCGUGUCCUUGGCCUGGAGCGCUGUCCAGACCUCUCCGGAGGGCAACCCGGCGGAGCGCGACAACUUCGACAUGACCUCAUCGAAUUAUCGCUACAUCUCUCGUCUCAACGCCCUACGACGUGCAUACUUUGGGUCCUUCGGGCGUGCACAGUGCGAUGAAGUGAAGACGCCAAUGCCCGAGCUAAAGGACUUGCUGAUCUUCUGGCGUGGUUGUAGCUCUGAAGGGCUGGUGCUUGUGGCUGCCAACUUCAACACCCAGGAGCCUCGGACCGCAGCCUUCUACUCUCCCUGGAGUGAGGGCACCCAGCUGGUGGAUGCACGAAGCGAGGAUGGUCGAGAGGUGACGGUGCAGCAGUCGGGCUUCGUGUCCUUCGACCUCCGCGCUUUGGAAGUGGUGAUUUUGGUGCCUGGCCCUCUGAAGCUGUUACCCCCCAUGGUGGCACAGACCUGGCCAAAACAUGGAGAAGUGCUGAAGGCCUUCCCUGGGGCUGGUUGGAUGGCCUGGUUGCAACUUCGCGUGCGCUUCGACAGAGCCAUGACAUCCGAUGUGGCUCAACACGUCUUCGUAGAUGAUCAAAACGAAGAUUUUAGCUGUACUGAUGAGAGCUGCCAGGAAGUGGCAGCAGAAGUGGCUCUGAAAGAUGGCUUUCACAAGGUGACCGUAAAAGGUGCCUGGAGCGCUGAUCAGCAGCAGAUGUUUGCUACCUUCACGUCCACUUUCGUCGUGGGAUCGGAGGACAGCAUCAUUGGGAAUCCUCGCAGGCAUGAGCAGCCGGGCCUCAUUUGCAGCUUUCAGCGCUUGUGUCACCAGGCUCUUGGUUCAUCCUACAUGAGGAUCCAAAAUGUGCAGAUUCGGGGCCAAUGGUCUGAGUGGAUGCCCUACGAAAAUGUGAGCGACUGGAAGGUCUAUCCUGACAUACCGGUCCUGGUCCAAUACCACGCUGGCACGAGUUCCAGCUACAUCGUUGGGGACUGCGUCCGUUCAGAUGGCUCCAGAUGCUACAUCAGCUGGCAUCCAGAGAUGUUCUUGAGAGCUGACCUCAAUGGGUGGGGCUUGAUCAAAGAUGGCAGCAUGGCGCGAGUAAACCACUUCACCUGGGCCAGCAAUGUGACUCUGAACCGCUUCUCGCGCGCCAAGUUCGCACCACAACAGGGAUGGAAGAAGUCCUACGGCGUUCAUCCCAGGCGUCCAUUGCUCUAUGCCAUGCCUACCUUUGAUCCGAGGUAUACCAACUUUGAGUACGAGCCGCUGAUUUCAGGAACGGACGCGACACGAAAGUGGAUGGUCGAGCGACACUGGUGGUCCAAGGAAGAAUCACUGGCAUCUGGUGCAGAAUUUGCCACCGAAUUGUGGAUUGGUUAUGAGUGCACGGCGGAGGAACCCCGUUGUCCGGUUCCAAGCCAAGAUGCCAACAAGUGGAGGUGCUACAGUUUUUCCAGCUCUCAGGACAUCAACUGGUGCCGCAACAUUGGUACAGAUGACUGCUGGGAAUAUGCAGAGAAUGAUUGGUCCAGCAGCAUGUCAGAUUGUGCUGGAUGCUCUUGUUGUCGACGUGCUGCAGCACCCGAGCUGGACGGGCCGCGUAACACCUGCUGUGUGCUCUUCAACGAUCUGACGCUGAACUACACGGUGACCUCGGAUGCUUGGCACAUCUUGGCACAUAGACUUGAGCCGAUGUGCCCCUCGACAGCCUUAGUUUUUGGAGCGCUGGUGGGUUGCUGGAAGGCACCUGUGGAUGUCCAAGAACUUCCUGAAGAUCAACGGAUCAAGGAUCAGGUGGCGGUGGAUUCGACUCAGCCAGUUGAAUGUGCCAGCAACUUGCCGGAAGAGCCAGAAGACAUUCCUUGGUCGGAAGAAUUGAAGGUUGACGCCUCUCUGGAUGACACAAUCCAUUGGAGUCGAGCACGGCUGCGAAGGGCUGAGGAGGAGUUUAAGCUGCUGGAGUAUACUAGACUGGCUUCACCCAGCAGCUGGCACAAUGAGGUUGUGUACAGUUUGAUGGUGGACCGUUUCGCGAAUGGCGAUCUCUCCAAUGAUCAGAGCAACAUCCCCCCAUUCCAGCAGCAGGAGUUGAACGUGGGCGAACCAUGGUCUGUCUACAAAUGGCGCCAUGGUGGUGAUUUGCUGGGCGUCAUGUCAAGGUUGUCCUACUUUCAUCAUUUGGGUGUGACGGUGGUAGCGCUGUCUCCAGUUUUCCUGAACUCCAAGGGCGAGUACCAUGGCUUUGCUAUCAGUGACAUCUCCAAGAUUGACCCUGGUUUUGGUGACGCUAAGCUUUUAAGGACUUUGGUGCACGAGGCACAUCAACUUGGGAUCCGCAUUGUGAUGGAUCUUCAGGUGAACCACCUCUCAGGUGAUUUGCACUACAGGCAGAGCCACAAGAACGGAGUGGAUCAAGUCAGCAGUUGCGUGAAAAGUUUAGAAGAGGUCUAUCGGAACAGCAGUGGACGUCCACAUGCGAAGCGAUCGCACCAGCGGACCUUGGCGUUGGAUCAGAUGCCCAGAUAUUUGCAGCACCAGGAGUUCUUUGCACGCUGCGGGCCUCGAGACAUGUACCGGCCGCAUCAAAAUUCCUACUUCAAUGAACCGCAUGACAGUGAAGAGUAUGAGGCAGCACUUCUUUGGACCGACUUCUUGGGCGACGAUCACUUUGAAUUCGACACAAUGAAUGAAGCUUUUCAGGAGGUCUAUACCAACCUCUUGAAGUAUUGGAUUGCCUAUGCAGACAUCGAUGGUUUCAGACUGUCUUCGGCUGCCUACAUCAGCUCAGACUUUACCACCUACCUCUCCACGCAGACCAGGUUCUAUGCUUCCAAGUUGGGGAAGGAACGCUUCUUCAUCAUCGGCGAAAUUGAUCCCUCGGAGUUCUUUGGUUUGCAGCACUUGGGCAGCACCGGCAAGACGCGCUUGCCUUACCGUACUGAGCAGGCCAUUGAGGAGCUUUGUCCAUACUAUACAACAUUGAAUCCACCAGUCCCAGGACUGCCCGCGACUUAUCCCAUGCCCGAGGUAAGGUACCUCCGAUCAGCUGCUGCUGGUACAGGGCCGGCUCCCAAUGAAUUCUUUAAGAGCACUCAGUGGUCGCAGAUGGAGCAGGUUCGAAGGGACAUCGAAGCGCUAGCAGAUUUGAAGUCUACCUGGACGGCAGUGGAAUCCCUCCGAGAGCCGGAGGGCUCAGCGCCGCGGCUGUUGUCCCAGAGCCCCGAUGAGGACGCCUGGCGCAGCUCAGCUGCAAGGUUUGUCAGUGUCCUUGGCCGGAAGCUGAGCAAAAUUGCACUGGCUUGGGGCUUCACUCAGUAUGGCAUGCCAGAGAUUUGGUAUGGCACCGAGUUUGGCUUCACAGGGCGCUGCUACAGAACAGCUGCUGAGAAGUUCACGCUGCUGGAUAGGAUGCUGGAUCUUGGCAUCAACUCCGGCGCUGCCAAGGAACUCUUGGACUCCUGCGACUACACAGCCUUGGGUGCCGUGGAUCAAGGCUUUUGGCGUCAGGACAUGUUCAGCGGUGGCCCCAUGGAACUGGGCCGUGCGGCUGAGUCUGCGGUUCACUUCAGAGCUCAUCUCCUGCACGCCUCGUCGCCCCAUUGGUGCGAGGAACCCAUCAUGCAACGUGAGACACAGGAGUUUCAGAUGACCAAAGCUUUGAUCCGCAUACGUCGUAGUUGUCCAGCCUUGCGCAGCACAAAGGAUCUGGGCGCCCAGGUCUAUGGUGCGGCAGCGGCGCAGCAGAUCAGCUACUGGAAAAUCUUGGAGGACGCGGCGAACCACUCCAACGGCUCCAAUGGCUCCCCUACCGCAGUGUUGGUGAUCUUAACGAUGUCCUCAUCUCCGUCCUCCUCGCCAAGUCGAUACUCCAUGCCAGACUUUGCUCACUUGACAGAUGGUCAGGCCUACGUCGAUCUGUUACACCCGGAGAGGAUGGCCGUGGUUGACACCUGGGGCAAUGAGAGCCUGUUGUUGGUUCCUGGUGGACUUGAAGCUGUUCACGUGUCCGUCUUUGCGCCGAUGGAAAUGGUGGAGCAGGACGGAAGCGCAAAGUGGCUGAUUUGCAAAGGUGCCAACUUGGCGGCUCCAGCAGAGGACACGUGUCGGAAGUCGAUUUUCUCCCUGUGGCUCACAAGAGGUGCUUCGUUGCUGUGGCUGGCAGUGCCCUUUUUGGUCUUGUUGGCGAACUCCAAUAGCAGCGUCUUCUUGAGCGUGGUGAAGAAACCCACCAGGCCCGGCGCGCCGUUGAGUGAAGAUGCCAGGAAGGAACCCAAACACGUACUCUGCGCGGCGAUUGAGCACACCAUCCCCAUGCGCGACGUGAAGGUCUCGGCUGGUGGCCUUGGCAAGGUCCUUGAUCAGAUGCUUCGUGAACAUCCCAAGUGUUUGCUGAGUUUGGUCCAUCCUAAGUUUGGAGAUGUGGAGUAUGGUCCCAUGGACGAGUUUACACAGAUCAAGAUCAUUGUGGAUGGCAAGGUUGCAGUUUGGGGGAGUGUCAGACGCUGCGUGUGCUGCGAAUGCUCAAGAGUGAACGAGAGAUCAGAUGAGCAAGUCACAUGUGAUGUGGCAUGGAUUCCUUGCUACGACAACUUUUUCCCCUGCAGUGCCAAGACUGCUGUUCCCCUGGAGGGCGGUUACAACGACCUACCAGGGAUUCAGACCUCGUAUUCGAGCAUCGACGACUUGGCCAAAGUGCCAAAAGACGAGGAUGAAGGUUUUGACGAGAUCGGCCCCACCGAAAAUGUGAAUCUGGAAGAAGAUGUGGUCAUUGAAGGCCAGGAGAAUUCCAGCGAUCGCUCGUCCAUUCGAAGCGUCAGUGACGUUUGCAUCGACCAGGAACCCGACACGGAGAGCUCCAACGUCUCCCCAAGAUCGACCUGCAGUCGGCGUUACUUGAACAGUAAGAAAAAAACACGACCUGAGGCCAAAGGCGUAGUUUUAGGAGGUGGCGGCGACGAUGACGAUGCCGGUCAAGUUGUCACCUCUGCAGCUUUAGGUAUCAACAUCGAUAACCCGGGCAAGAUCUCGGAUUUUUACGACUUGGGAAAGACCUUAGGCGAAGGCUCCUUUGGUGCGGUCUUCAAGGCCACGAUCAAAGCCACUGAUGCGAUUCGCGCGGUGAAACGGAUACCUCUGCCGAAAACAGGUCGUGACAAAGAUACACGCCUCGACUUUUUGAAGGACGAGAUUCGUGUCGCGAAGCUUUUGGACCACCCGAGCAUCGUGAAGUUGUUUGAAGUCUUUGAAGACCAAAAGUGCGUUUACAUGGUCAUGGAGUUGUGUCGUGAUGGCGACCUAGAAGAGCAUGUCAUGGAGGGUGGACUCAACGAGCUGGAUGCUGCCACAGUCAUGCAACAAGUUCUGCGGGGCGUGGUCUAUAUGCACAACCACCGGAUUGCUCAUCGAGACCUGAAGUCGGAGAACAUGCUCUUGUGCUUGCGACCGCCGGCCAAGAAGGGCUCGAAGCAUCCACACUCCAAAUUUGAGAGUGCUGUGAGGAUUUCAGAUUUCGGCCUAUCCUGUUCUUUCGAGGAGGGACAGAUGAUGAAACGAAACUGCGGCACCGACAGUCACAAAGCACCCCAGGUCUAUGCACAUAGCUAUAGCCAAAAGUGUGAUGUGUGGGCCUGUGGCGUCAUCAUGUACUACCUUCUGAGUGCCCGGCUGCCUUUCGAAGGCCGAGACCAGGAGGAGUUGCAUAAGAAGAUCAUGAACGCAAAGGUCACCUGGUGUCAGGAGUGGAUGUCACGUUCUGGUGAAGCCAUGAACUUGGCCAAGCAGAUGCUCCACAGCCAGGAAGCUAAUCGCUUGGAAGCAGCGCAGGCCCUGAAGCACAAGUGGUUCGGCAAGCAGGUGCCUCGCAGGCGUCUGGCGGCGGUGGACCAGGAGAUUUUGACCAGUCUCCGCGGCUUCCGCAAGCUGAACAAGUUUCGGAAGGUCUCCCUGGCGGUGAUCGCCAGCAUGCUGUCCGAAAAGGUGGUCCGUCCGGGCCGCGACUUGUUCGUGUACCUUGACAAAGACGGCGAUGGUGAGGUCACAUUGACGGAGCUUCGUGAGGCCAUGGAGGAGCUGAAGAGCAACAAGCCGACGGACGCCUCUCGGGCUUCUGAGGAGAUUUUCUCGGAUCAACGUCGUCGGAACACUGAUAAUAAGAAGCCACAACUGGAGAAGCAAGCCUCGUUUCAGGCAGAUAAAGGCUUUCCCGCCUUCAGCUACACCGAAUUUCUGGCCGCCACCUUUGACCGCUCACGCCACUCCACCGAAGCCGUCUGCAAAGCAGCCUUCAGGUGUUUUGACAAGGAUGGUUCCGGGCAACUGGAGCCUUCCGAGCUGGUGGAUGGCUAUUUGCUUGGGAAGUUGGAGCCGGAGGAGGUGAACCAAAUCAUGGAGGAAUUGGACGCCAAUGGCGAUGGCGAAAUCGAUUUCCAUGAGUUCAUGGCCAUGAUGUCCAACCAGGAGCCUCUGUCACCCAACAGCGAAGCAGCAAAGGCUGGCUGA